UGUUCCAUGAUUCACUGAAAUAUAUAUAUAUAUAUAUAUAUCAUAUAUAUGUGAGCGCGUGUUUCCUAUGUCAUGUUUGCCACGGACUCCGGUAACUGACUCGGUUUGCCUUUGCUCUGUGAAGAAGCCAAUUGUAAUUGUUGCGCAUUCUUGACAUAGAAAUUUCAAGGCGUAGCACCAUCGCAAUUUGCUAAAUAACUCAUUCGGGAAAUUGUACUUCAAGAAUUUUCUCUGAAGAUAAAUUGAUAGAAAAGCAAAAUGCCUAACUACAAGUUGACCUACUUCCCUGUAAAGGCUUUGGGAGAGCCAAUCCGUUUUAUCUUGAGCUAUGCUAAAAUCGAAUUCGAGGAUGACCGUUUUGCGCGAGAAGACUGGCCAAAACUGAAAGACCAAAUGCCCUUCGGCCAAGUUCCAGUCCUCGAAGUAGACGGAAAGAAGAUGCAUCAGUCUCCCGCUAUUUCUCGUUAUUUUGCUAAACAGUGCGGCCUUGUCGGAAAGAAUGACUUGGAAGCCUAUGAAAUCGAUGCGGCCGUUGACACCAUUCAUGACCUACGUGCAAGAAUUGGUGCCUACAGCUACGAAACUCAGCCAGAAGCUAAAGAGCAAAAACUGAAGGAGAUGAAGGAACGCGUCCCCUACAUGUUGAAGCGUCUCAACGAGCAGGUGAAAAAGAACGGAGGUUAUUUUGUUGGUGGUGCUCUCUCCUGGGCUGAUUUAACUUUCGUCGCUCUUUUGGAUUACCUGAACUUCAUGGCCAAGUACGACAUCCUUGAGGAGUACGAUGCUCUGAAAGAGUUGAAAGAAAAAGUACUCGCCAUCCCUCAGAUCAAAGCUUGGGUGGCCAAACGUCCUGAGUCUGAUUGUAUAUCAAGGUUUCCAAAAAAUUCUAACAUGUCGACUUAUAAAUUGUAUUAUUUCAACAUUACCGGCAUGGGUGAGCCGGUUAGAUUCGUGCUGAACUACGGCGGAGUAAAAUUCGAAGAUGUUCGCUAUAGUUUCGAGGAGUGGCCAAAACACAAAGCUGAGAUGCCAAUGGGACAAAUGCCAGUUUUGGAGAUUGAUGGAAAGAAGUAUAAUCAAUCGAAGUCCAUUUGCCGUUAUCUUGCAAAAAAAUUCAAACUUUAUGGCUCCAACGAACUGGAAGCUCUGGAGAUAGAUGCUGCAGCUGAUGACGUUGAUGAUAUGAGAAUUCCACUAUCUCAAUACUAUUGGGAAAAGGACCCCGCAUUCAAAGCUGUUUUGAAAGAGAAAGCUAUGGAUAAGUAUAAGACUUCCAUGGCUUUAUUCGAGGAAAGAGUCAAGAAAAACGGAGGAUUCUUGGUUGGGAGCAAGGUGUCCUGGGCUGAUCUACUCUUCGCUGGAUUUUGCGAUUACCUGUCGAUGGUUCUUGGUCACGACAUAAAUAAGGAUUAUCCAGAGAUGCAAAAAUUGAGAAAAACCGUAUUGAGCAAUCCAGGCCUCAAAGCUUAUAUUGAUAAGCGCCCUAAGACUGACAUGUAA